AUGGACCAUGAAGCCCCGACCAUCAGACCUCGUCGGAUCCAGAACCAGAAUGUCAUCUACCGCCUGGAGCGGCGGAGGAUCACGUCCGGCAAAACAGGGACCCACUGGCACCAGGUCCGCGUCUUCCACCAGAACGUCUUCCCCAACUUCACGGUGGUCAACGUGGAGAAGCCGCCCUGCUUCCUGCGUAAGUUCUCCCCCGAUGGGAGGUACUUUAUCGCGUUCUCCUCGGACCAGACGUCCUUGGAGAUCUACGAGUACCAAGGGUGCCAGGCGGCAGAGGACCUCCUGCAAGGCUACGAUGGGGAGAUUUUGGCCAAUGGCAACGACCAGCGGUCCAUCAACAUCCGUGGGCGGCUCUUUGAGCGCUUCUUCGUCCUCCUGCACAUCACCAACGUGGCCUCCAACGGGGAGCACUUGAACCGCGAGUGCAGCUUGUUCACAGACGACUGCCGCUACGUCAUCGUGGGCUCCGCCGCCUACCUCCCCGAGGAGCCCCACCCUCCCUUCUUUGAGGUUUACCGCAACAGCGAAUCAGUGACCCCCAAUCCGCGGUCCCCCUUGGAAGAUUACUCGCUGCACAUCAUCGACCUCCACACGGGCCGGCUGUGCGACACCAGGACGUUCAAAUGUGACAAAGUCAUCCUGUCGCACAACCAAGGGCUCUACCUGUACAAGAACAUCCUGGCCAUCCUGUCCGUCCAGCAGCAGACCAUCCAUGUCUUCCAGGUGACCCCCGAGGGCACCUUCAUCGACGUGCGGACGAUCGGCCGCUUCUGCUAUGAGGACGACUUCCUCACGCUCUCGGCGGUUUACCCAGAGGUGCAGCGGGAUUCUCAGACGGGCAUGGCCAACCCGUACAAAGAGCCAUUCAUCAACUCUUUGAAGCACCGGCUGCUGGUCUACUUGUGGCGAAGGGCGGAGCAGGACGGGAGCACCAUGGCGAAGCGGAGGUUCUUCCAGUAUUUUGACCAGCUGCGGCAGCUGCGGAUGUGGAAGAUGCAGCUGCUAGACGAAAACCACCUCUUCAUUAAAUACACCAGUGAGGACGUGGUGACGUUACGGGUGACAGACCCUUCACAGCCGUCUUUCUUCGUCGUGUACAACAUGGUGACCACCGAAGUGAUUGCCGUCUUCGAGAACACGUCAGACGAGCUGCUGGAGCUCUUUGAGAACUUCUGUGACCUCUUCCGGAAUGCCACCCUCCACAGCGAGGCUGUGCAGUUCCCCUGCUCGGCCUCCAGCAACAACUUCGCCCGGCAGAUCCAACGCCGAUUUAAGGACACUAUCGUGAAUGCCAAGUAUGGUGGGCACACCGAGGCCGUGCGGCGGCUCCUGGGCCAGCUCCCGAUCAGCGCCCAGUCGUACAGCGGCAGCCCUUACCUCGACCUCUCCCUCUUCAGCUAUGAUGACAAAUGGGUUUCGGUCAUGGAGCGCCCCAAGACUUGCGGCGACCAUCCGAUCAGGUUCUACGCCCGAGAUUCUGGCCUCCUGAAGUUUGAAAUCCAGGCGGGACUCCUGGGCCGGCCAAUCAAUCACACCGUCCGGCGCCUGGUAGCGUUCACCUUCCACCCGUUCGAGCCCUUUGCGAUCUCCGUGCAGAGGACGAACGCCGAAUACGUUGUAAACUUCCAUAUGAGGCACAGCUGCACGUAG